CCAGCUCCUCAUUCACAUGUAAAUCAGAGCCCAUAAAUGCCCCUCACUCACUCUCCGUCAGCGCACAAAACACGCCUCGCUCGUUAGCGCCGUGUAUUUGGAGAUCGCUUUUGUUCCAGCCUGGGCUCGCCGACCAUCUGCCCCAUUGAGAGGAGUCCUAACGGCGCUUUGAGGAGUUUUUUCCCUGUUUUUUUCUGAGCACAGCAAACAUGGCCCCGGCCUCUCGCAACGGCAGGAGUGGACCGGGCAGAAGUGAGGAUGACUGCUUCGGCAUCAGAGGGGACAGGAAGACGCGAAAGCCGUUGGUGGAGAAAAAGCGGCGAGCCCGCAUUAACGAAAGUUUACAGGAGCUGCGGCUACUGCUAGCUGACUCGGACGCACAAACCAAGAUGGAGAACGCCGAGGUGCUGGAAAUGACCGUGAAACGUGUAGAAAGUAUUCUUCAAAACAGAGCUAAAGCAGCUGACAGCAUGAACCGGGAGGCGAGCGAGCGCUUUGCUGCGGGCUACAUCCAGUGCAUGCACGAGGUCCACACGUUUGUGUCCAGCUGUCCAGGCAUCGACGCGGCUGUGGCGGCCGACCUGCUGAACCACCUGCUGGAGUGCAUGCCUCUGAACGGCGAGCAGCGCUUCCAGGACGUGCUGACCGACCUGCUGACCGAGCCAGGACACUAUGGCCCCUGGCCGAACGAGUCCCCUGGAGGGCUUGUUUGUGGUGAAGGAGGAGGAGGAAGCCCAUCUGAUCUGUCCUUGUCCCCAUCCACCACGUCCAGUGAUGACCUGAGCUCGGAUGGCGAGGACACAGAGAGCGAGCGUGGCCAUGGCGUGUCUGAUGACCGGGACGCAAGAGACCUGCCCACCAGCUAUUACUCCAAGGCCGUGUGGAGGCCCUGGUAGAGCUGGAGGGGUCCUGCAACAACACUGGACCAUGGGGGGAAGUGUGUGCAGGCUAUUACACAAAGCCAUAGGCAGCGUGUGUAGGCUGGUUUCUCACCUUCGGUCCUGAUCAUUUCACAAAGCAGUUACCCAGAGAACUUGUUCCAACAGUCAUGAUAUUGGGUCCAGUUGGAGGAGAGCUAAGGGGAAUCCCUGUUGUUUAUUGGACAAUCAUCACUUUUAAAGUUUUAAACUCUAGGCUUUUUCUCAAGUUAUUACUCUUAAAGGAAUAUUCCAGCGUUUUUCUUUCAACUACAAUUUUCUCUGUAGCAAAUGGUCAAUUACCAUGGACAGUGAUUUCAAUGUGUUUAUCUGUAAAAGAACAGAAAAACAUUUACUCAAGACACACUUAUAAUAGAAGCCAAUGGGCACUUGCUUCUGCUUCUAGUUUUCCCUGUACAUGAAAGCUUUCAUUAGCUUAUUAGCAAGUCCUUUUGACUGAAUCAAAUGUGUUAGCACAGGGAAAACAGGAAACUGCGCAGUGCAGUUGGGACCUUUAGAAAUGUGGUUGGGAAACACUGGUGUAGGCUGUAACCCCAGGCAAAUGACUAUGUGUGUAGGCUAUAGAACUGGGCCAUAGGCCAUGUGUAUAGUCUGUAACACUGGACCAUUGGCCAUGUAGGCUUAUGAAAUUGUAGCUGGGGAUGGGAAGUGUCUGUAACAGUUGUGUUGUAUAAUAUAAAGCUCUUCUUGGUGUAGCAACCACAUUUCACCCAGUAACACGGAAAUAUUGUUUUUUUGUUUUUUUUAUAUCAGCAUCUUUGUAUUUAAAAAAAAUGUAUAAGCUAAAUUAAGACAACACUGUUAUGAUGAGUAUUUCUAGGAGGUGCUUAUCUGUAUCUUAUUAUUGUAGAAGAGAAUGUAAAUAUUUCAUCGUUGUUGCUGUAGAUAUUGAUGAAGUGUAAGUUGUUCCAUUCAUUAAUAAUAAUAAUAAUCAAUAAAAAAAACAAUAAUU